AACUAAGAACGCAGUUCAAACGCGGUUUGGAAACUAAGAACGCAUUUUAAACGCGGUUUGGAAACUAAGAACGCAGUUCAAACGCGGUUUGGAAACUAAGAACGCAGUUUAAACGUGGUUUGGAAACUAAGAACGCAGUUAGAACAGGGUUAAAAAAUUUAUGAUGUUGGCUAGCAAUUUACAAAAAUUGAUCAUAACACACCGUUGAUCAUAUUGCAUCAAAAUGGCAUAGAGAGAUUCUAAAAAAUAUUGGAUGCUCUUAAAACGACAUAAAAGUGAAUAAAAUCCACUUCUGGCCUCAAUAACAUAAAUGUGACUUUGUUGAAUUGGGUUAACAUGUUUGAGCCCGUGUCCAAAAAAUCAAAUGGUAAAAUAAACUCAAGAAAUAUUUGAAAGUAUUUGGAGAAGCUCCAGCUUUUUCCUAUACAUCACUUUCUGAUUCAGAUUUGAUUCACCACAGGUGUAAUGUUCAGUUUCGUUGUGGCCUUCUGAGGCUUUAUGUCUUGGAUGUUUUCAAUGAAUGUUUUUAUGUACAUAUAAUAGAAGAAAAUAUUGACUAUUAUCUUUAGAUUGGAUGCUUCAGCGAUGCAAAUUGCUACUAAGAAAGUUUUAAACUUUAGAACUGAAGUUCAGUUUAUAGAGUUGAAGAAAAGCAGCCAUUCAUGUCUGUAUUGAGUCAAUUGUUUCGUAAUCUUCUUUUCAAAAAACGCCUCACAGUCUUUAAAGGGCACAGCUCUUGCCGGGAGGACUCAGACAAAAAUUUUAUACCUAGACAAAUCUUAUUCAAGAGUUCACCGCUAGUUGUUUUCAAGAACAAUGGGAAAUGCUAUCGAUGAGCACUUUUUGACUGUUAAAGUCAAUGAGACUAACAAAACGAUGUGCAUAGAUGUCGAAGUGAAAUAACCUGUAAGAAAUAUCAGUAAAGAAAACGAUAGCUUUGUCUCAUCAAGUCGUUAACACAUCAACAACACAGGCCGCCUGAAUAAGCAGUGUUACUCCUAUGACCCUUUGUAGCGGCACACCCAGCCUUCAAAGAGAUCUAGUUACAUGAUUGCUCUUUAUAGAAAGCUAACGGCUACAGAUCACUUUAUAUUGACAAACGGUUGGAGACUACAGGGUAAUCUCUUAGAAAAACCAAAAACAGCGAAAAUGAUUAGUGGUGGAUCUAGCUUUAGGAUAAUGGCGACACUCUUGAUGUUCCUUCUUGCGGGUUUAUUCCUGUUCUGGUUCAAAAUGCCUGGUUCUGGACAUCUGCAGAACGCUCAAGAUCAUAAUGAGAGAAUGGCUGAAAGUUAUGAAGCUACAUUUGCCACCAGAAAUUAUGUGUAUCCUCAAGGAGAUAUGCAUAUAUCAAAGGACGAGAUCGAGAACAGUUCAAGGAUGAAAAGGAUGGCGAACGCGGGCAAAGAAAGUGAUAGUCUUGUUAAUGUUCUUCGUGUUCUAGACAUAAAGCUUGACAGCAAACCAGGAAUACUGGAAUCAAGAGAAUCAAAUCAGUCAUUAAACAGCAAGGUGAGGAGGUUGGAAGAAAUGAGAGGUAAAGCACCGGCCGAAGAAUUAAAGAAAGAUACACUGGACAAUACAACGGGAUUUGCUGAAGCAACCAUAGCAAGAAGAGAAGAGUCUACUAAUGGGAGUAAAUUGGUACUGGCUGUUGCGAAUAUUACAAGUAGGAAAGUUAUAAGAAUUAAUGAUACUUCGGAUGAGCCUAAAGGAAAAGGUAUUGAAGGUACGUCAGUGAAGGAGAUCGUAAAUAUGACAUCAUCAUCAAAGUCUUUAUCAAAACUUGAACUAGGAUACAAAAAGGAUUUAGAAGAGAACGAAAAUCCACAUUCCAAAAUUACGGUUAGAAUAAAAAAGAUUAACCAAACAGAUAUAUCUAGUAAUGGAUCUACUAUUUAUGAUAUAGAGGAAAACCUCGAGGUGAGAGUGCAUACAGUUAUUCAAGGUAACGAAGACGUCUUCCAAUACACAAUACCAUUGACAGAUGAGGCGAGCUUUAUCAAUAUAACCGUUAAUGGAAGUAGUCCUCAAAGGCUAAAUGGUUUGAAUACUUGCAAAGGGAAUAACAAGGAGACGGCCGGCGAAAUAAGACCUGAGAUUUUUGUAUCGUCCGCCAACAUCAAAGGAUCUAUAGGAAAAUACAUUAAAAUUGAAUGCAAUGCUACAGGUGAACCAAUACCGAUUCUCAAAUGGCAGAAAGUGGCAAUGAGAAAUUCAAAGCGACAAGUCAUAUCUAAAAGGAAUCGUAGUGUAUUUUUAGAGAUUCAAAAUGCCAGCAUUGAGGACGGAGGAGCCUAUUUAUGUUCAGCUGAGAACAGAGCUGGAAAAGAUUGGAAGAUAGUCAACUUGCGUUUUGUGGAAAAGGACUGUUCGGCGUGGAGGGACCUUGGCUACAAUGAGAGCGGAAUUUACACCAUCAGCCCUGAUGAUAGUCCUCCUUUUGAUGUAUAUUGCGAUAUGAAAACAGGUAAUCGAGGCUGGGUUGUUAUACAGCGUAGGGUGGAUGGUACAGUAGACUUUUUUAGAUCGUGGACUGAAUAUAAGAAUGGCUUUGGAAACAUGACCGGUGAAUUCUGGCUUGGGAACGACAGAAUACGCAGGCUUACGAAGAAUGGUGACAUGAUGAUACGCUUUGAUUUGCAAGACUCUGCAGCACGUAGGGCAUAUGCAGAAUACAGACGGUUCUACAUUGAUGAUGAGCAGCAAAAAUAUGCACUGCAUGUUGAAUCGUAUAACGGUACGGCCGGUGAUUCCUUAACGUACCACAAUGGUGCAAAGUUCUCUACGAAAGAUAGUAAUAAUGACCUCUAUCGCUUGCGAUGCGCACAAAGGUUUCGCGGUGCCUGGUGGUUCCGCACGUGUUUGAGAUCGAAUCUGAAUGGUGCCUACGCUAAAGAGUCUGGGUUUUUCUAUGGAGCCGAAGGAAUCAAAUGGCUGUCCUUCAAUCAUAGACAAGCAGUACUUGUAAAAACUGAGAUGAAAAUAACACCGUCUGAACCAUAAGUAGAGUAAAUAUAAAAAAGUACAGGCAAAGGGAUCUCAGAUCGUAUCAUAUGAUGUCAGUAGCGGUAUUGUUCAGAAUCUUAUUCAUAAAAUCAAGCUUUUAGAAUGCUUUUUUCCCUAUCAGCAAUAUCAAUGUAGCAGAAUACCGCUGCGUUAAACAAAAAGUCAUCGACUUCCAUCAUUAACUUAGCAAGGAACCUUAGAAAAAUGAUACUAUGAUUUGUUCUAACUAUUCUUUUUCACUUUAUUCUUAGCUUUGAAUACAUAUUUACCUCAUACCAAAUAUCCGUUCUUUUGAAAAUAUUCCCUGGUCAGGAAAAUCUUUCACCUAAUAGUUUAAUAUCACAUUGAAAAUGUACUAGCUGGUGUAAGAAUAAAUAAACCCAACAAUACUCUUUUUAGCUUGAUUUGACAAAUACCCCCUAAACAGAUGCAUUUUUAAAAAUGGUGUUUAAAAUACCCGGAUCUUUAUAUAAAUGCAUACUUGACAAGAGCUGUUUCAAUUACUGCGCGUUUUGCACAGUUAUUGAUAUUGUAUUGUGGUGUUUGCGAUGUUUUAGAACUUAAUAGCUUAACAUGUGUUGUUCCACAAGACAAAUUAUUGGCCAACGGUCAAUCAUAAAGCUUUGAUAUUCUCGUAAAAUUUCCGCUGCUAUCAAACAAACUGAAAAACCAACGUACAAUGCCUACCAAAAGUCUUGGAACACUGACGUCAAUUUCCAAGGUCAAAAUCAAUAACCCCCCUCUCCCCUACAGAACAAUGUUGGUUGACUAUCAAACGGGUUAGGAUUUUAGGAAGCACUUUCUUUUGCGCUUCUUUUAUGAUAUUUCUCUAAAUUAUCAACAUUGUUUUAGGGGGAGGGGGGCGGAAGUAGUAAUUUUUUUUCGGGAAAAGAAGUAAAGAUAUCAAAUUCAACGCAAAUUGCUGGGUGUUCCAAGCACUUUUGGCAGGCAUUGUAGUUCAAGAAGACUUUACUCCUGAAAAACUGUUUGCGACCAGUAACAUUGGAUAAUCGAAUUGAGAUUAGUUUUGAUAUUUUCAUUAUUUCUUAUCGUCUUUUACUUAUAUUCUCUUAAUUACGAUUAUUCUAAGAUUUUCAAUUGUUCGUGAUUAUUUGUGAUUAUUAGAUGCGAUUAUCUGACUACUAAUGAUACAUUCCUGAGUAUUUUGAUCGUUCUCGGGCCAUUUCCCGUUUAUUUCUAUCAUUAUCUUACAAGUGCGAUUGGAAUUAUCGGUUAUUAUUCUAUGAUCAUCUGUUAUUAGCGAUUGGAACUUGCUACUCGAUUCAAAACUAUCUGCACCUAUUACUUUCAAGGUUUUAACAUUACCUCUAUGUUAUCAGGUUGAAAAGUUGUUCCUUGCUGGUAGACAGGAAGAAACUGGAAAUAGAGAUGAUAAAAAAUGAAUAUAUAGGGAUAAAUGGAUUACAGAAAACAGAAAUAUAUAGCUAUAACAGCAGGCAAUAGUUUUCGAGCACCGAGAUUGCGCUUG